AAUUUAUAAAUGUUCCUUAACUGCAUGGUGUGUUUUUCAUUUUGAUUACUAUUGUAAAAAUACUCGUGUACACGCCUAAUUAAUUUAUUUCAAUUUGCAGAUAUGGAAAUUAUUCGGUGCUUAUCUAUGAUAUGGUUCUUCGGGGUAAUCACAUGUGAUUCAAUGGAUAACGCAACAUGGAGUAAUUGGUCUGAGUGGACCGACUGUAAUUUGAUAGACGGAAUCUGCAAUAAUGGUACGAUGGAUGGUAUUAAAUACAGAAUGCGUACAUGCAUUGUACCGCCUUGUAAUGGGGACAUUUAUGGACAAGAAGAUUGUACAGUCGAAUGCAGUGAUGUAUGUAAACGGGAUGGAUACCAGUUACGUCAUCUCACAUUCCGAUACGACGACGACUGCCACCUAUGUGCUUGUUAUCAGGGAAACAUGAACUGCCCUCACGUAUAUUGUGAUAUAAUGGGAUCCUGCGAUGUGAAUGAAUGCGAUAGGACAUGUCCAGUCGGAUCACCACUUGAAAAUAAACUUGGCGAGACUGUGUUCUGUAGUAUUCAGGAUAAGUAUGCGUUUCCGCUUGUCGAUAUUAUUGAAUGCCCUACUGGAUACAGUUGCCACGUUGUUAAUAACACUCAAGUUGACUUUGUAUCAUCGGUCUGCUGUCCGGAUUACGAAUUUUCUGUCACUUGCGACAACGAUAAAUUAAGUAUUAGCUUGGAGGAGAAUUGGAUUUUGAAGGCACUCAGCUUGCAAACGGCUAACGUCCAAAACUUCCAUCUAACCGACGUCAGCUGCACCGGUAAACGAGUUACUGUGGAUGGAAAUGUUAUCUAUGUCUUCGAAACAGGAUUGAAUGAUUGCGGGACAGAGGUGACGGAAAUGGAAAUCGAAGGCGUUCAUCGCAUUCUGUACACGAACUAUGUGCAUAGUAAACGAGGUACAAUGAUUGCGAAGAUGGAAUGUUGCUUUGACACUGAAUACACCAUUGCGCCAAUGCAUAUUGUUGCAAAUCCUUGUCACGUCGAUGUCACGUUGGUAGGAUCUGGAACUUUCACAGUCGAGAAUGCCUUGUGUACGAACGAUACCUUCGCAGCGUUAUUUGACCCAACAGCUUUCCCAAUUGCGAUAUGUGAUGGUGUCUUGAUUUACUUUGAAAUCGGGUGCAUUACUAUAGACCCUGGUCUGGAGCUCUUUGUUGAAACAUGUUUUGCAACUGACAAUUUUGAUCCUACUGAUUCAAAUUCUGUUCACGCUGACUUGAUAGAAGAUGGUUGCCUAAAUGAAGACACAAUGGUAGAAUACACUUCGCCAAACCCACAAUGGACCAAACGCUAUGGGUGGGAUGCAUAUAAUAUGGUGAAUGAUCGACCGGACGGAGAAGAGAACAUUGAUAUUUAUAUCCAUUGUAACGUGGUUAUAUGCAAGGCUGGCGAAGUAGGCACUCGAUGCUCUGAGGGAUGUCUUGGCCGUAAGAAAAGAUCUGUGUAUGACUCCAAAUUUACUUCAGGUAGCUCUAUCAUAAUUCAAGGGCCUCUGAAGAAAUCGUCCAACUGCGAGGCCUAACGUAAUGGCGACGCUGAUCCAGCAAAAUCAAUUGUACUUUACUGGAACCUAGUCGUGUUAAUGUAGCUUCUUAUACAAUUACUAGUAUCCAUCCAAAUGAACAACUUCAAUUUGUACAUUUGAGUUAAAUUAAAUUGAUAU